AUGAAAGUGUUGCGUUUACUUCUCUAUUUUAAAUUCUUUAUAGACUAUGCAAAAAGUGAGGUUGAAUAUUAUCCAUCGAUGAGAGAGAUAUCAAGGAAAAAUAUAAAUAUUUAUGAGGAUCAAGGAUUACAGAACAGUAAAGAAAUAAAAACAGAGGAUGUUAAGCUAUUUAAUGAGAAAAAGGUUUCAAGAAAACGUGCCGCGGAUCCCGUAUUUCAUGGGAACCCAAAAACUACAGAAGAGUUAUGGCAUGAGCGAUUUUUGCCUGAAAGCCAUAAUUUUAAUCAAAUACCCUCCCUGAUAAAACUAUUACAUAAUAUCACCUUAACCUAUUUAUAUGACUGUACGCCUGUACUUCUAUACGAUUCUCAAAUGAAGUCUUCUGAAAAUAAUCUUCUUCAAGAGCUGUUUAGAUCAUUUCCAGUUACCUUCAUUCAUGGAUCUAUCGAAAAUAAUAAUAGUCUAUCAGAUCCCAAGCUCUUAGUUGAAGACAAUGAAUGCUUACAUUUCAUACUUUUUGUCGAUAACGUACAAACGUGUGCGAAGGUCUUAAGCAAGCAGUCAAAGAGCAAAGUUAUCAUUAUUGGAACUUCGUCCCAGUGGGCUGUGCAGGAGUUUUUAGCAAGUCCAUUGUCGCAAAUGUUUACAAAUUUACUGAUAGUGAGCCCAAGUUUUAAAGAUGAUGACAAAUCAUUGGAAGCGUCAUACAUAUUGUACACCCAUAAAUUGUACACAGAUGGCUUAGGAUCUAGUAAGCCUCAGAUAUUGACUUCGUGGACCCAUGGAAGGUUUUCAAGGAACGUAAACCUAUUUCCACCGAAAAUGAUAGACGGCUAUGCAGGACACAGAUUUAUUGUAGCUGUUGCUAAUCAACCGCCGUAUACAUUAAAAAGGUCAAAAAUUGACGCAGCGAGUGGUAGUAUUCGAACCGUCUGGGAUGGUGUAGAAGUCAGAAUGCUAAACUUGUUAGCAGAAAGGAAUAAUUUUUCAAUCGAAUUUGUUGAGCCUAAAGAAUUGAAUUUGGGACCAGGCGACGCGGUAGCCAAGGAAGUGUCAUCCGGUAGAGUUGAUAUUGGAAUAGCCGGCCUCUAUGCCACCUUCGAGAGAUUCAGGGAUAUGGACCUCAGUUUUGGUUAUUCCCAGGACUGUGCUGCAUUUAUCACUUUGACGUCGACUGCCCUUCCUCGAUACCGAGCUAUUUUAGGACCAUUUCAUUGGCAUGUCUGGGUUGCUCUGACGUUUACAUAUCUAAUUGCCAUAUUCCCCUUGGCAUUUUCUGACAAACAUACUUUGAGCCAUUUAAUCAACAAUGGUGGUGAAGUGGAAAAUAUGUUUUGGUACGUUUUCGGGACUUUCACGAAUUGCUUUACGUUCGUUGGCAAGAAUUCUUGGAGUAAGACGAACAAAAUUACGACUAGGUUAUUGAUUGGGUGGUACUGGCUAUAUACAAUUAUAAUAACGAGCUGCUACACCGGAUCCAUCAUAGCCUUUGUUACGUUACCGAUAUAUCCAGAAACUAUAGACACAGUAAAUCAACUAUUAAGUGGUUUCUUCAGAGUUGGCACUCUAGACCGAGGUGGCUGGGAAAGGUGGUUCUCGAAUUCCUCUGACCCUGCCUCGAGAAAGCUAUUGAAGAAGUUAGAAUUUGUCCCUGAUAUAGAAACUGGUAUUAGAAAUAUUACAAAGGCUUUUUUCUGGCCGUAUGCGUUCUUAGGAUCGAAAGCAGAACUCGAGUAUCUUGUGCAGUCUAAUUAUUCCAAGACUGAGUCAAAGCGCGCAGUACUACACAUAUCGAAGGAAUGUUUUGUACCAUUUAGUGUAACAUUUAGUUUUCCUAAUAAUUCCGCCUUCACAUCCAAACUCAGUAACGAUUUGAGAAAUAUGUUUCAAAGUGGUAUCGUGGAUAAAAUUAAGGACGACAUUAUGUGGGAAAUACAGAAGAGUAACAAGGGAAGAUAUUUGCAUUCGAAAUCGUCCGGCCUCUCAUCGUAUUCUCUAGAAGAAAAGGGAUUGACUCUUGACGACACUCAGGGAAUGUUCCUGUUGCUAGGCGCUGGAUUCCUUAUAGCGGCGGUCGCUUUGAUGUCAGAAUGGAUGGGCGGCUUCACACAAAGGUGCCGCCAACUGAAGCGAAGGUUUUCACACGUCACUGAACAUUCAAUUGUAACACCCGAACCGAGUUUGGGAAACGGCACAAAUGGAAGUAGACUAUUUUUUAAUACAAGGUCCACGAGUGUCGAAUCUAAAGAAACGCUGGACGGACAAAUUAUAAAUGUGACCGAGGAAAGUAUAACUGUCCAUAAUCAAUUUGAUACUUACGAGUUUGAUUCGAGACGAUCCAGUUCAAUGGAUUUGGAUAAGGAAGUCCAGAAGAUAUUUAAUAGAGACGAAAUGAGGAGACAGAGAUUAACAAAGUCGAUGUCUAUUGAUGAGGAAAGGUCAAGUACUGCAUCAAAGGUUUUCGGUGAUCAUGUCUUUGAAUAG